AUGGACUUUUUUACAGAAAGCCGGGAUUGGUCGCUUUUGAACUUUCUGGACUUUCGUCAGAAGGAAGAGAACUGGACGGUAGAUAAAAUGAGGGAGCACAACACGUAUAUUAGGACCUUGGGAAUGAUGGAACGAAAUAAAUCAAGUGAAAAUCAGAAUAUUAUCGUUGACGCUGGUCAAUCAACCAUUGAUGAAUCAUCUAUCGAAGAAACCAAUAUAGAAAAAAUACCUAUAGAGGCUGACUUGAAAGAAUUCGAUUCAGACGUAGAAGAAAUCGGGACUCUUACGGAGGAAGAGAUGAAUAUCCGUAAUAAUUUACUUGCAGUUUUAACUGCACAACAAAAAAGAGAUACACAAUCUGGAAAAGAUUGUUUGUCAUCAAUAUACCUCAAUGGAAUUUUAGAUUUUUCUGACGAUGAG